CAAACUCAACACAUGGAAACAGAAGCUGAUGGAGAGGACUGUGGAGGACCAGAACCAGCCAGGAACUCACAUCUACAUCCACUUUUACAACCAGAUACUGAAGACCAGACUGGAGACUCUUCGGAGACGGACGUCAGCGAUGAUUGGGAGGAGAGCAGGGAGCGUCUGUCAGGUUUAAACUCUCUGAGAGAUGACGUAAGUCAGGCUGACAAAGAGUCGUUCAUCUGCUCCGAGUGUGGGAAAUCAUUCGGCCACAAGACAAAUCUAAAGAGACACAUGCGGUGCCACACGGGAGAAAAACCUUUCAGCUGCUCGUUUUGCAGUAAGAGCUUCAAUCGGAGGGAACACUUGGUGGCUCACGUGAGGUGUCACUCGGGAGAGAAGCCCUUCAGCUGCUCAGUCUGCGACGCCAGCUUCAGUCACGGCUGGAGUCUGGAGAAGCACAUGAGAGUCCACACCGGCGAGAAGCCGUUCGGCUGCUCGCUCUGCGGCAAGAGCUUCCGGCAGCGCUCGGAUUUGGUCGCACACGUCCGCAUUCACACGGGAGAAAAGCCUUUCUGCUGCUCGGUGUGCGACGCCAGCUUCGCCCAGCGGCACACUCUGGUUCAGCACACCAGAACCCACACGGGCGCCAAACCGUUCGCCUGCUCGGUGUGCGGGAGGAGUUUCUCCCGGAAGGGACACAUGACGCGGCACAUGGCGGCGCACAGCGGGGAGAAAGCGUUUCGCUGCGGCGUCUGCGGCCAAAGCUUCACGUGGCAGUCGCAGUUUAAAAGGCACGCGUGUGCCGGGGAGAGCAGCCGCACGGCGACACAGCGGUAAAGCAACCGUGGAAGCUUUUCUCACAGCGUUCAGAGGGUGAGAAGAACAACACGGGCACGCGUGGGAAUGUAUCAGACUGAAAAGACUCCUUCCAUUCCAUUUUCGCUCUUUCAAUUCACUUCGGGAAUGAAUGUGUUGAAUCUGCCAGUCGGAAACACAAGGAUACUUUUCCCACCUGCCACCUGACCACGCCCACCUCACCUGUUGACUAUAAAUUGUUUGUGAAUGCUUUGGCU